UAUACGGGGUAGGUACCGGCGAUUGGACCAAGAUGGCCGACUGCAGGAAGAUAUUUUCCACAUUUGUGUGUCUUUCGGUGGUUUUCUUCCUCCUCGUCGUCGAUUCUCCUGCUCUCGGGGUGAAGAAGAAAGAGGAAGAUGACGAAGAGUUUGAAUGGGUCACCUAUGAGCAAAGAAACUUUCCCUAUCCUUCCCAGAAUGCCCUGGGGGACAAGGUGCAGCAGCUGAUGGAGUGGAGCUCGAAGCGGCCCGUGAUCCGGAUGAACGGCGACAAGUUCCGUCAGUACGUGCGCGCCGCUCCCAGGAACUACUCCGUGAUUCUGAUGCUGACGGCACUACAGCCCCAGCGACAGUGUACUGUGUGCAGACAAGCCAAUGAUGAGUUCCAGAUCGUGGCCAACUCCUGGCGCUACUCUCCCUCCUUCUCCAACAAGCUGUUCUUCGCCAGUGUGGACUAUGAUGAGGGUGCUGAUGUCUUCAGCACUCUGAAGCUGAACUCUGCUCCCAGCUUCAUGCAUUUCCCAGGCAAGGGCAAGCCUAAGAAGGGAGAUACGUUUGACAUCCAGAGAACUGGAUUUGCAGCUGAGUCCAUUGCCAAAUGGAUCAAUGAGAGGACUGACGUACAUAUUCGCGUGUUCCGCCCACCCAACUAUUCGGGCAGCAUCGCGCUGGGCCUGCUGUUCACCCUGAUUGGUGGCCUGCUGUACCUGCGCAGGAACAACCUGGAGUUCCUGUACAACAAGACAUCCUGGGGGAUCGGCGCUCUGUGCAUAGUGUUUGCCAUGACGUCAGGGCAAAUGUGGAACCACAUCCGGGGACCACCGUACGCUCACAAGAACCCUCAGACUGGACAAGUGCAUUAUAUCCAUGGCAGCAGCCAGGCCCAGUUCAUAGCUGAAACCCACAUUGUGAUCCUGCUCCAUGCUGCUGUGACAUUUGGGAUGGUGUUGCUACAUGAGACUGCAGUGUCCAAGGGGGACGUGGGCAAACGAAGAAUUGUGACGCUGGUUGGACUUGGUAUUGUAGCCUUCUUCUUCAGCCUGCUGCUGUCUAUAUUCAAGUCCAAGUACCACGGGUACCCCUACAGUUUCCUCAUCAAGUAGAAGACAACAAACUGGUAGUAAAGCUGUUUUUGGGAGACACUUAAAGUUUAUGUUUGCAUGAGGAUUCCUUAACUCAGUAAACAAUGUCAUGGACUGUAGGGAUUGUUCAGACUUUUAAUUCAGACAUUUCUUCUUUAUACAUGUAACUACUAAGAGUAAAUGUAAUGUAUGGUGUAAAAGCUGUGAUGGUCUUUAGCAUAUUUACAGACUCAAAUACAUAUUUUGGCACUACAAAUGUACAAUAUGUA